AUGGGGGCAGCGAGUGGGACUAAGGUCUUGCUCCUGGUUGUGCUGGUGGGAUGGGAGACGUCGUGGAGCCUAAACUGGAACCCCAUCCCUCGAAAGACCAUCCGAUACCAAGAUAUUUUGGACAGCAUGGCACGCUUCACCGUCCCAUCCGUCUUCAACUACAGCAUGCUGACUCUGUCCGACCACGAGAGGGUGCUGUACGUGGGGGCGAGAGAGACCCUGUUCGCCCUGGACCCCAACGACAUCAGCCGACAGCUUCGACCACAGAUCGACUGGCCGGCCCCGCAAGAUAAGAAGAGAGAGUGUGUGGCCAAAGGGAAGAACAACCAGACCGAGUGCUUCAACUACAUCCGCUUUCUUCAGAGCUACAACCACACGCACCUGUACACCUGCGGCACCUACGCCUUCCAGCCCAAGUGCACCUACGUGAAUGCAGACUACUUCACUCUCAACACUGCGGCUCUAGAGGACGGAAAGGGCAAGUGUCCGUAUGACCCAGCCAAAGGACACACCGGCCUUAUAGUUGACAAGGAGCUGUACUCGGCCACACUCAACAACUUCCUUGGAACGGAGCCAGUCAUUCUGAGAAACCUGGGCCAGCAGCACUACAGCAUGAAGAGCGAGUACCUCCCGGCCUGGCUUAACGAGCCAGACUUCGUGGGCUCGGCGCUGGUCAGAGAAGGCCUGGGCAGUAAAGACGGAGACGACGAUAAGAUUUACUUCUUCUUCAGUGAACGCGCUCUGGAGCUGGACUGUGACACGGAGCUCACGGUGGCCCGGGUGGCUCGGGUCUGCAAGGGCGACUUGGGAGGCACCAGGACUCUCCAGAAGAAGUGGACCACGUUUCAGAAAGCCCGGCUGGAGUGCUCGCUUCCAGAACGCCACGUCUCAUUUAACAACCUGCGGGCCGUCUUCACUUUGCCGGGACAGGACUGGAGAGGGACCACGUUCUACGGCAUCUUCCACGCACAAUGGGGGGAUGUGGACGUGUCAGCCGUGUGCCAGUACCAGGUCAAUGAUGUGAAGAAAGUUUUCGAAGGCUCCUAUAAAGAAUACAGAGAGGCGUCGCAGAGGUGGGGCCGCUACACUGGAGCUGUGCCCAACCCACGCCCUGGAUCGUGUAUCACAAACUCUGACCGGGAGAACGGAUACAACAGUUCCCUGCAGCUGCCAGACGCCACGCUCAACUUUGCCAAAAAGCACCCGCUGAUGGAGGACAAGGCUCUGGCACGCCCCCUGCUGCUCACAAAGGGCGUCAACUUCACCAAACUGGCCGUGGACCGGGUCAACGCACUGGACCAGCGCGCGUACAACAUGCUCUUCAUCGGAACAGCGGAGGGUUGGCUGCAGCGUGUGGUCAUCUUGAACUCCGAGGCCCAUGUCAUCGAGGAGAUCCAGCUGUUUGAAACGCCUCAGCCAGUCGACACGCUCACCAUCUCACAUUCAAAGAAAUACUUGUACAUCGGGUCGCGGUCUGAGGUGCUCCAGCUGCCUUUGGCAAACUGCAGCCGUUAUCAGUCUCAGCCCGACUGCCUGCUGUCCCGGGACCCCUACUGCGCCUGGGACAGCGAGGGGCGCGCCUGUGUCCGCAUCGACCUCCACAGAGGGUCCACCUCGUCUCUGUCCCAGGAUCUCUUUCUGGAGAGGUUCAGCCGAGGGAAAGCCAAGUUCGAUAAGCCGGUGUCGAUCCCCAGUCCUGAGCACUCCCGCCUCCGUAACAUGACCGUGGUGGUGGGCUCGGACAUGGUGCUGCCCUGUCAGCUGGUGUCCAACCUGGCUCAGCCCUGUUGGCUCUUCAACGAUCGCGAGCUGCAGCUGGGCUCCCCGGAGGUCUCUGGAACGCGCUUCGACCGCACCCUCAAAGCCCUGGUGAUCCCCGCUGCGGGACAGGCCCAGGCCGGACGAUACGUGUGUUUCUCUGAGGAGCAGGGCGUCAAGUUCCAGACGGAGAGGUACCAGGUGGCGGUCGUGGCCAGCGCCCCUGUGUUCAUGGAGGCGCGCGCUCCCGACAGCAGCAUGGGACUGUUUUGGGUCCUGGUCAUCACAUUGGGAGCAGCCUGUCUGCUUCUGUUGAUAGCGGCUCUGUACCUGCGCAGGAGGCUAAAGCUCGCACUAGGAAAAGGAGCAGACAUGAAACCCUUAGAGAGCACGCUGGUGUAUCCCAUCACCCUCCCCAAAGAACCACCCACAUUUGUGCCCAGUAAGAUGCCCAGUGACGAGGACCGCUUCUGGGAGACAGGCGCUAACUACUACUACUCUGAUGGCUCUUUGAAGAUCGUCCCCGGUCAUGCCCUCGGGCCUAGCAGUGUAAGCAGCACAGCGCCCCCCAGUGCCAUCCCCGGGCAGCCCAUCCACUCCCCCAGUCGACUCAGCCUCACCAACAUCAGGGGCUCCGGCAGCAACGGUUACAUCCGACUGAACCUGAGCUCGGCGGGGGAGGAGCGGGCUAGCGGGCCUGGCGCUGGGGGCGGCGGGCUGGCGGGCCUGGGGGGCAUGACCGGGAAUGACUACUCGAGCCCCUUUAAAGAGGAGCUGAGGCGCACACUGCAGCAGAGGAGUGUGCUGCCAGACGCUAAUCCAGAGGAGUCGUCCGUGUAG